CAUGAGUUAAUGCAGAACGGCAUCCCUACGCAAAGCUGGAUCUUUGUGGUCGAGUUUUCCUCGCUUGUUUCAUCUUCCGCCGUGCGGUUUGAUCUCUCGCAUGCACUCCUAAAAUCCUAUCGAUAUCAAACAUGAAGUCUACUCUGCUUUUCGCUCGUUAUAUUCUGUUCGGUCUUUUUGUUGUCUGUAAUGCCAUUAUAUGUAGUGUCGCUGUAUGGAAUCACAGCCUCGUUCAAGCUGCAGGAGGACAGACGGUGCAAGUCGAUGUCUAUCUCAUAUUCCUGGGCGCUUUUAGCCUGGCUCUUAUCUUUCUAAUUAUUUUUGCCGACUUACUCUGUACAAAUCCACUCUGUGCGCGGGUGUGGUUCGAGUGCACAUGGGUAGCAUUCGUCUGGCUCAUGCAAUUAGCUGGUGCGGCCGCCGUCACCGCAAUUGCACCGCAUAUCCAAUGCUCUGCCCGAGCCACCGCAGUGAAUGAUAAUUCCUGUUUAUCGACAAACAUUCUUGUAGCUUUUACUUGGAUCUGUACUGUUAUAUUGCUUCUUUAUCUGUCUCUUCUAUUCGUAACAGCGGUUACGACACAGUGGAUCGAUCCAGGUGUAUGGCAUCACAAUGUUCGUUAUCUCCGCAUUGACUCCGCUCGGCAACGCCUGCCUAGUGCCCAGAACCCACCGAUAACUCCACGUUUUGUCAAAGGACGCGGAACAUCGGAUAUCUAUAAACCUCGUUCGCUUCGCCCAGUUGCUCCGAAUCCGGUCUAUGGAUAUCGUGCUGGGCUUGGUCCUGAGUACGAGAUCGAACAUUAUCGCCCACAUGAGUCACAUCAUAUGCCCGUGGAUUCCGCCUCGUCCUUACCUCAAGCGAUACCUGCUCCCUCUGUAUCAUAUCCUUCCCCCGCUCGCAUCUACUCGCAAAGAAUUCGUGGUUUGAUUCCUCCGCAGAUGGAUAAUCCACCCUUAUCUUCUCGACUUAAUACGACCAUCGUCUAUUCGAAGCCGGCCCGAUCAUCAACAUCGGUGCACGAGGCGCGAGCAUCGUCCCCAUCUCCAUCACACCCAUCUUCACUGCCGUUUGACUGGCCGCGAGCAAAUUCUAUGGAACAACCUUUCAGGACAAAGAGGAAACCAGCACCCAGCAUCUCGCAUUCGGUCCAAUCAUCAACAUCGACGCAGGAUGUGCGAGAAUCGUCCCCAUCUCCAUCACCCCCAUCUUCAUCACCAUUUGAUUGGCCACGAGCGAAUGUUAUGGAGAAAUCAAUUAAGUCGAAGAGAAAGCCACCACCCAGCGCCUUUGAGUUUCCGAAGCGAAGCGCUCAGGUUCCGUCGGAGCUCCCUUCCAAUGCUUCUCCUGAUUCGUUGCCACAUCCCCGCACUAGACGGCCUUCUGGUCCUCGCCUGCGGCUACCAUCAGCCGACGAGACACAGCACCCUGCUCCUUAUUUAGCUCGUCCCGCAUAUUGAUAGAUAUAAGACGGCAGCUGACAGAAGCGUGAACUUUGAAGUCAAGUUAGAACUUAGGAAAUCGAGUAUAUCUAAACGAUACUUUCUCGAACACGAUAGCAUACUUUUGAGUUUUGUCAGCUGUCUUUAAAGUCUAAUAAAAGUUGGCCAAGAGAGGAAGUUGAAUAUC